UUUCUUGGGGUCCUCCGGUUUUCCCCCUCCACAUUUAGAAUGAGCAUCACGCGUUUAGAGUAUUUGGCUGCUAUCAAUCUCCACACGAUUAUGACAACUUGGCAAGCCACUCGCUUGAGCUUUCAUUCGUGAUCGCCAGGUAGCUUAUGAAAAACAGCGGCAUAGCUAAGUAGGGUGAAAUAAUACAUAGUUAAUAGGUUUUUUUUAAGUGAAACAGUGACUUUGGAAAGGAGCAAGAUCCCAAUGUAUCACAACAUCAUCGUCAGCAGUAGCAGCGAUCUAUCCACUGCUGGAUGAAAGCUUCCCAUAGCCGCUCGCUACCUCCGUCUGCGGAAUCGAUUCCUGACCCUGUCAAUAACCAACCGGCGGCGAUUCGCCCACGCUCGAGACCGGAAGCAGGGAAUCGAAUCUCGGACUUUUGGCGUGUUGAUUCGACAUCGCCUUUGGCUUAAUGUCGGAAUCGAUUUAAGUUUUCUAUCAAGUCGAUUCCUCGGUGCCCUCUGCCCGUGGACGCGGACACGACAACAACAUGGAGAGCGUGGGGAGAGACGAGGAGAACAGGGAGGAGGAGAGGGAGGAGGAGAGAGAGGAGAAGAGAGAGGAGGAGAGUGAGGAGGAGAGUGAAGAGAAGAGUGAGGAGGAGAGAGAUGAGAAGGCGAGGAGGAUCCGCGAGGCUGUGGGACAGAGCGGUCUUCGGCAGAAAUUUAUUGAAUUGCAACGGCGGAGGCAGAUGCUUGUGAAAAGAUCAACGGACGAUUUGAGACGCUACGAUGAAACCACACGGUCAUCACGGAAGAGGAGGAGGAAACACAAAGCUCACGACUCGCCCAUCCCACAGCAACAGGGCGAGCCAGGUGACCGUCCUGCCAGCGAGGGCCCGGAGGCGCAGUGGAGCGAGCUCAAGCAGUACUUCCACGCCAACAAACGGCUCGAGCCGCCACCGUGCAGCCGUCCCCCUCCCAUGGGCCGUCUGGACAAGAGGGUGGAGGCCGCCAUUGCCGAGGGCGACAUCGACGUGGCCGACCGGCUGAGUGACCAGGUGGCAUCGCGAGAGUUUGGGGUGAUGGUGAGCAAGGCGGUGGAGUGCCGCGAAUUCGUAGCAGAGCAGCGCGCGAUGUCGGAAGCCAAGUUCAAGAAGAAGAAACCCAACUUGGCGUGGGGAUUCGAAGCUAAGAAACGGUGGGAGACGAAGAGCAACAUGGGGUACAUGUGAAACCCAGCGCAGGUGGGCGGCCGGAGCUUUUGCUCGCUUGUGUCCACCCCGCAGACCCGAGCGCAAGAUGCUUGCUAUCGGCACCUCGGUGUGGGCAGUGUAACGCGGGCGUAAAGCCGCUGCCCGUGCCAUGACGGGAUGGGUAGUAGCCAGAGGUGGUGCUAUGCAGGCACGGGAUGAUUCGCCGAUGACCAAAUUGCCAGAAAAGGAUCCGCUUGCUGGAUCCCACAGGCCAAGCGGGUUUGAGCCUGGAAAUUACUUGGGUUGGCGACUCUCAUGUGCCAGCAGAUUGCCAUAGGCAGCUGCAGGGCUACAUGGUGGUCGGUAGACGGCAGUGCAGCAGAUUGCAAUGUUGUAUAGUAUAUAUAUGCUUCCACGUCUGUGCUCCCCUACAUCACCAACACCCGCACUGACCAGCGUGGUGAAGUAUGGUCAGGUAACUCCUACUAUCCACAUGGGGAGAUCUUCAUACAGCUGUGGAUUGACAAGAAAGAGGCUCAUAUUUUUGAGUCUUUUGGUAAAGUCACAUAGAUAGGUUCAAAGAAAAUAACAAAAACUAGUAGAUUUUUGUUAUACAUAUUUUUUGUAUUUUUUUGUUAUUUUUGGUUAUUUUAUUUGAACCUAUCUACGUGAUUUUACCGAAAGACCCAAAAAUAUUAAUUCCUGCAGUCACAAACGCUUGAAGUCAAGAUUUAAGAAAGGGGCUGAGCAUGCAAUGAUCCCCCAGAGUGAUUUGGUGAAUUGUCACGAUUUGGGUCGGGAUUCGGUUCGAGAGUCAACACCUUUGCCGCCUCGAUUGUUCAGCAAUGUCUGCUGCAUCAGCCUCGAUGUAACAGCAUAUCACUUACAUGUUUGUAUUAAUCAUAAACCGACUUUGUGUAUUUGAUGAAUCGAUAGAGCGUUAAUGGGUAAAUGCUAUUUAGUAGAUCAUAUAUUUUUUAAUACAGGUUUAAUUUAAAACUA